AUGGAUAAUCUGGGAUUCUGGAACAUAAGAGGGUUCAAUAGUCCUAAUAAAUUUGGUGAUGUUAAGAAAUUCUUAGAUCAUCAUUCUGUAGGAUUAUUUGGCCUGUUGGAAACUAGGGGAAGAAGUGGGAAUUUUCCAAAAGUUUUUGCUAGAUUUGGAGGUGCUUGGAGUAUUGCUACUAAUUAUUCUUAUCAUAAAAGAGGGAGGGUGUGGCUUCUUUGGCUCCCUACUAAGUAUACUGUGAACAUAAUUGAGUGCUCAACUCAAUUUAUUCAUAGUGAAGUGACUCAUAUUAGUACUGGCCAGAAGUGGUGGGUUACCAUGGUAUAUGGUUUCAAUGAGGCUAGGGAUAAAGCUCAACUGUGGGAGGAUAUUGUGAGACUGAGUAGGCAGAUAAAUGGAGCUUGGGUGGUCCGUGGUGACUUCAAUAAUGUGUUGCAUUGGAAUGAAAGAUUAGGGUCAAAUAUAACUCUUGAUGAAGUUGCAGAGAUUAGGUUGUGUCUUAGAAGGGCUAAACUGCAGGAGCACACAACAUCUGACCCAUUCUAUACUUGGUCUAAUAAACAAGAUGGCCUAGUGUUCUUAAGAAUCGAUAGGGUUGUGAUGAAUGAUCAUUGGAUGGAAAAAAUGAUUGAGGCAAAGACCAUCUUCUUUCCAGAGAGCAUCUCAGAUCGAUGUCCUUGUAUAGUGAGAAUGAGUGGCCGGAAUAUUUCUAAACCUAAACCCUUUAGGUUUUUUAAUAUGUGGACUCAAGUAGAUAGUUUUUUGCAUAAAGCUCAAGAUGUGUGGCAUCAAGAUGUCCAGGGGGUGUCAAUGAUUAAAGUAGUUUCCAAGUUGAAGAUAUUGAAGAAUACUUUAAAGGAGCUUAACAGGGAAAGAUUCUUUGACAUUGAGAAGCAAGCAGAUGUUGCAUAUCAAAAGAUGUUGAGGACCCAUGAAUAUGUACACCAAGAUCCUUAUAAUAUUGAGUUGUUUGGAUUGGAAGAGGAGGCAAGGAAGGAGUAUGUAGAGCUAAAUAAAGCAAGGCUUAGCUUUCUACAUCAGAAAGCAAAGCAAGAGUGGCUUAAGCAAGCUAAAGUGAGUAGUACAAUAAUUAGUGAGGGUGUUGUGUUAGAUGAAAAUCAACAGCUAGCAUUGUCUCUCCCAUUUACCGGGGAGGAUGUUAAAGCUGCAUUACUUAGUAUUGAAGAUACUAAGGCACCUGGACCAGAUGGGCCAAUUGCUUGUUGCAAUGUCAUUUACAAGAUCAUAUCUAAAAUGCUCUGUAGUAGAUCGAAGGAGGUACUGCCAAGUUUUAUUGAUCAAGUGCAGAGUGCGUUUGUUGCUAAUAGGGUCAUUGUUCAUAAUAUUUUUAUUUGUCAAGAUAUGAUGAAGAAUUAUCAUAGGAAGUCCUUGCCUGCAAGAUGUACUGUUAAGGUGAACUUGAAAAAACCAUAUGACUCUCUGAAUUGGGAAUUUAUUAGGGAGCUUAUGGGGAAGAGAGGGAUUAGACAAGGAGACCCCAUCUCUCCUUUGAUCUUUGUGCUUGCUACUCGUAUAAUGAAGAAAAUGAGUCAGAGAGCUGCUUUUAAAUUCCAUCAUAGAUGUGAACAGCUCAAGAUCAAUCAUCUUAUAUUUACCGAUGAUUUGAUGAUCUUUAGCAAAGGUGAUAUUAAUUCUGUGGUGUUGAUUGUGAGGGCUUUAAAAGCCUUUGCAAAUGUCUCAGGCUUGGAAGCUCGCCAUGAAAAAACAGCCAUCUAUUUUGGCAAUGUUUAG